UCUCGUUUGAAGUAGAUCUCGCUCCUGCAAGUAGAUCUCGCUCCUCAACCCACCAAGUCUCUCGUGGUUAAUCUCGGCGCUCAUGCCUGAACGGUAGACUGGCAUCGGCAGAAUAUGAGCGAUGAAGUAGAGAACACCGCGGUCCUCGCGCAAGGCGCGUGCUACUUCACCACCAGCCAUCUUAGGACGGCGCUCAUGCUGCGUGUACCACCACUCUCUCUGUCGUUCCCCAUCUCCUGUGGCAAGCCCGCAGUUCCUUGUCUCUCCGACGUACUCACGAGAGGUCGAAGUCAAGGAAGUAUUAUCGAGGUCCCACGGCAUCCACUGCUUGCUGCUGCUGCAUUACUGUACGAACUUCUUCCUACACAACAAUGUGUCAUAUAUCUCCGGCCUUGAUCGAGACAUAACCACGGCAUCCACUGCUUGCUGCUGCUGCAUUACUGUACGAACUUCUUCCUACACAACAAUGUGUCAUAUAUCUCCGGCCUUGAUCGAGACAUAACCACGGCAUCCACUGCUUGCUGCUGCUGCAUUACUGUACGAACUUCUUCCUACACAACAAUGUGUCAUAUAUCUCCGGCCUUGAUCGAGACAUAACCACGGCAUCCACUGCUUGCUGCUGCUGCAUUGCUGUGUACGAACGACCCUCUGCGUACACAACAACGUGCCAUGCAUCUCCGGUCUUGAUGUGUCAAUACAUGUAUUCCAGACGAAAGCGACGCCCUUAUGCUUCUGUGCCUGAUGCUUCCGUGAACAUAUCUGAGCUGCGUCAUGUAUUUGUGUGCAUCUCAAGUGAUCACGUGAGGUAUUGAGAGGUAUUCAUCCACCGCCGCCCGCCUGGCCCUCUCUCUCCUCCCUCUCCGAUACGAAACGAGAACCGAGAGAGUUCCGCCGUCGGCGGUGGGUUGCAGGAGGAGCCUUGCAGGAGAGAGAUCCACUUCAAACGAGAGUUCCGCCGCGUUAGCCGUGUUAGGUCAGCCUCCGCCCACCGUCGGAAGCGUCGGAACUCGAGUGCGGGGUGUUGGUGACGUGUGUUCGUGAGCGUGGUCUGCUGGUGGUCUGUUGGUCGAAUAGCCCAUCCACUUUCGGGUAGGCGAGAGUAUGAUCGGGUGCACCCGGUGGGAAUAGGGUCAGGGCCGGGUAGGGGCUGGCGUCGGCCAAUCAGAUGGCACCAGGA